AUGGUGAAGGCUCCGUGGGACAAAGUAUGUGUUCAACCAAACUGCAACCAGACUUAUACCGUAGAUCUACAGAGACAUCAUGAGAGCCACUGCAGCCAUCCUAUUGAUCCUCUGUCUCCUAGCCGCCAGUCAUGCCUGGGACUGUCAGCCUGUAGUGGAUAUCAAGAAUCUGAUGCAGAUCGAUGCAGGACUGGGGCAAAUGGUUGCUACGAACACAAGUCAAACCCCCUACUACCUGGCAGUCUGAAGCAAGUGGAUGCUGGGGGCAACCAGUUUAUUGUGGGGGUCUACAUGAAAGAUACUUCAUUCUGUCUGACAAGUAGUGCCACAGUUGGCUACAAGGGUCCAAGCUCACCCCUUCCAUGGACAGGAUUGCCAGGAAGUGUGAAGUAUUCUAGUUGCGGACCUUUUGGGUGCUGGGCAGUCAACAAGAAUGAUGAUAUCUUCUUAAUGAGUCUGAAUCAAGACUGUCAAAACAACGGGUGGAGUCACAUUGAUGGCAAUCUUUCCAUGAUUGAAGUGGCAACUGAUGGUAGUGUCUUUGGGGUCACCUCUGCGGGUAGUGUUUAUACCAGAGACGGCAUCACAGCCAGUAAACCAGAGGGCACUGGAUGGAGCCAUAUCCCAAUGUGCAUGAUAAUGAAGCAUGUGACCUACGACCUGGGCCGUCUUUGGGUCGUCUCCAAGUCCGGCUUCGCCAUGGUGUGCCCACAUUAGCCUCUCCUUUUCAGCUGAAGGCCGUUCAGAAUCUGACAAGUUCACUUGCUAACUCAUUGAUGUUGGUUUCUGGAAGAGCCUUCUGCUUGAGAAAUGUUUAUGUUAUUUCACAAGAUCCCUUAAUACAAAAACAAAAUUUAUUUAACUAUACUUUUCAGUACCUUAUCUCUAUCAAUAUUAAAUCAAUGAUCUUAUUGAGAUGAUAAAAAUGUUCGGUGAAGAUUUAUUCUCACACACAAUUGACCAGCAAUAGCAUUAUUUAAGUUGUGUGCUAUUUUCUUGAUCAGUCCUUGAUUAACACCUAAAUAGAUCUUUGCCAUGGAGGCUAUUUAACUGUACUGUAAACUAGGGCACAGUCAUGUUGCUCACAAUCCACAUGGGGUUUGCUGUUCUUCAGAGGUCAUCAAUAGGGUUGGAUGAAAUCCUUGUUAUUGCUCAUUAUCUUCUAUAAUUUCCCUCAAAUAAAGCAUUCAUUUUGAAACUAAUUUCAGUGGUUUUAAAUAAUAUUGAACAGGGGGAUUUAAGGUAGCUGUGCAAAGAUCCAGUUAACAAUCUGUUUUGUGAAUCUUCUUACUCAGAAAGUUAAAUAUGACUAGAGAACUAUAGUUCUACAGUGUGCAGGAACAGUGAACCUUUAGUUCCCUGAUGCAUAGUUUGAUUUACAGGUUCCCUAUUAAUGUAGUGUCAGGGACAUACAGUGGUGUAAGAAUACUUGAAAGUACUACUUAAUUAGUUUUCGUGUUUUACUAUUUCUAUAUAGACUACCAAUCAAAAGUUUGGACACACCUCCUUAUUCAGGGGUUGUUCUUUAUUUUUGUUAUAUUCUAGAUUGUGGAAUAAUAGUGAAGACAUCAAUACU